GUUGAAGCAAAGCUAAUUGACAAAUUGGACAGCCUAAUGUCUGAAGGAAGAGGUGACGAAACCUACCGGGAGCUCUUCAACAGUAUCUUACUGAAAAAAAUUGAACGGGAAACAUGGAGAGAAAGUGGUGUAUCGUUAAUUGCCACUGUAACACGACUUAUGGAGAGACUGCUGGACUACAGGGACUGCAUGAAGAUAGGGGAAGUAGAUGGGAAGAAGAUUGGAUGCACUGUUAGUCUAUUGAAUUUUUAUAAAACAGAGUUGAACAAAGAAGAAAUGUAUAUACGGUAUAUUCACAAACUGUAUGACCUGCACAUGAAAGCACAGAAUUAUACAGAGGCUGCCUACACCCUUCUACUGUAUGAUGAGCUACUGGAAUGGUCUGACCGGCCACUUAGAGAAUUUCUAAACUAUCCAAUGCAAACAGAAUGGCAAAGAAAAGAGUACCUUCAUAUGACCAUCAUCCAAAAUUUUGACCGAGGCAAAUGCUGGGAGAACGGAAUUAUACUCUGCAGGAAACUUGCUGAACAGUAUGAAAAUUACUAUGACUACAGGAAUCUCAGCAAAAUGAGGAUGAUGGAAGCUUCAUUGUAUGAUAAAAUAAUGGACCAGCAACGUUUGGAGCCAGAAUUUUUCCGUGUUGGAUUUUAUGGGAAAAAAUUCCCAUUUUUCUUAAGAAACAAAGAAUUUGUUUGUCGAGGCCAUGACUAUGAGAGACUGGAGGCUUUCCAGCAGCGCAUGCUAACAGAAUUCCCACAUGCCAUUGCAAUGCAACAUGCCAACCAGCCUGAUGAAACGAUAUUCCAAGCAGAAGCACAAUAUCUACAGAUUUAUGCUGUCACACCAAUCCCUGAAAGCCAGGAGGUUCUACAAAGAGAAGGUAUUCCUGACAACAUCAAAAGCUUUUACAAAGUGAAUCAUAUCUGGAGGUUUCGCUAUGAUAGACCUUUUCACAAGGGUACAAAGGACAAGGAGAAUGAAUUCAAGAGUCUAUGGGUAGAACGAACAGCUUUGACGUUGGUGCAGAGUUUGCCUGGUAUAUCACGAUGGUUCGAAGUUGAAAAACGUGAAGUGGUGGAAAUGAGUCCCUUGGAAAAUGCCAUUGAAGUCCUGGAAAACAAGAAUCAGCAGCUGCGAACUUUGAUUAGUCAGUGUCAGACGCGACAGAUGCAGAACAUUAACCCGCUGACAAUGUGUCUGAAUGGAGUUAUUGAUGCUGCAGUUAAUGGAGGAGUUUCUAGGUAUCAAGAGGCAUUCUUUGUGAAGGAGUACAUCUUCAACCAUCCUGAGGAUGGAGAUAAGAUAUCACGUCUGAGAGAACUAAUGCUUGAACAGGCACAGAUUUUAGAAUUUGGUUUAGCAGUUCAUGAGAAAUUUGUGCCCCAGGAUAUGAGACCUUUACACAAAAAGAUGGUGGAUCAGUUCUUCGUACUCAAGUCAAGUCUGGGAAUACAGGAUUUCUCGGCCUGUGUGCCGCCCAGUCCUGUCAGUUUCCCCAAUGGAAGCCCUUGCAUACCUAGAAACUCCGCACCUGCCAUUAUGGGUCCAGAAGCUGUACGUGUGGUUCCUAGACGAAGUCCUUUAAGUUAUCCAGCUGUAAAUAGAUACUCUUCAUCCUCACUCUCAUCACAAGCCUCCGCAGAAGUUAGCAAUUUAACAGGACAGUCUGAAAGUUCUGAUGAAGUCUUUCACAUGCAGCCUAGUCCUUCUACCUCAAGUCUGAGUUCUACACAUUCUGCCUCCCCAAAUGUUACAAGUUCUGCUCCAUCAAGUGCAAGAGCUUCCCCACUGUUAUCUGACAAACACAAGCAUUCCAGAGAAAAUGCCUGCCUGUCCCCAAGAGAGAGACCCUGCAGUGCCAUAUUUCCUAUCCCUGCUGAACCACCCCAG